GCUUUGGGACUCGGAUCAUGGCUAUGACGCGACCAUCCAGGGCUUAGAGACGAGCCUUAAGAAGUUGAAGGUCGAAUACUUGGAUUUGUACCUCAUCCAUUCUCCAAACACAGGAAAAAUUGUGGAAACCUGGGAUGCCCUGAUCCACAUGCAAAAGCAGGGCAAAAUCCGCUCCAUCGGAGUUUCCAAUUUCGGAGUUCAGCAUUUGGAGGCACUGAAAGAGCAUGGACGUCCCAUGCCCACCGUGAAUCAGAUCGAGAUGCAUCCCAUGAAGUAUCAGGAGCGCAUCUCCUUGCUGGACUUUUGCAAGCAGAAUGGCAUCCUUGUCCAAGCGUACGGUUCCUUGUUUUUUGGAAAACCUGAGUUCUUGGAGCGAUCCGAAGUGACGGACAUUGUGAAGGCUCACAGUUCCAGCAGUGCACACGUGCUCCUGCGAUGGGCGCUACAGAUGGGCUUCCAAAUCAUCCCCAAAAGUGUCAAGCAGCAUCGCAUCGCGGAGAAUCUGAAGGUCUUUGACUUGGAACUGUCGCCUGCCGAGAUGGAAAGCCUCACUGCCAUGGAGGGCAACCUGAACCAAUACUGGCAACCCCUUGGGGCACCUGUGGAUGUGGGUGACACAACCAGAGGAAAGUCCGAGUUGUGAGGGGUCCACGGAAUCCAGCGCGAGUUGGACGUUUCUGCCAGGGGGGGCUUUUGGUCCAACCACUUUGAUAUUUUUUCGCAACAUCAGAGUGGGGACUUCGCCAACCCCUGGUUUUUUGGUCACCAACUUAGCUUUGCUCCUUGGAGUUGUACCCAAAGCUUGGCGAAGAGUCCGCGCCGCAAAAGUGUGGCUGUUGAGCGGGGACUUCUGUUGGGCGAUGGAAA